CUGAGAAUCGGGGUGUGCUCCCCGAGCCCCCUCCCCUCCUCUGGGGACCCCCUUUAGGGCCCCCUUCCUCUCCCUCCCACGCUCUCCUACCCUUCCCUUCUCCAACCCCCUCUUUCCCCUCUCACCCCUCCCCCCAUCCUGGCUCCCCCUGCAAAAGUGGGGUGCGGAGGGGGGAGGGGUGAGAACCCACGGAGGGGAGGAAGGAAACUCCGAUGAAGUCAGAGCCCCUUACCCGCCGCCGCGGCCAGGCCCCCCAACAUGGACUGUCUCUGUAUAGUGACAACCAAGAAAUACCGCUACCAAGAUGAAGACACGCCCCCUCUGGAGCACAGCCCGGCCCACCUCCCCAACCAGGUAAACGCCCCCGAACUGGUGCACGUGGCGGAGAGGAACUUGUCCCACCUCGAGGCCGUCCAUGGGGUCGUGGGCCACACCCACUUCUCCCCCAUCAAGGCCAAUUCUCCCCCUGUGAUUGUCAACACAGACACCCUAGAAGCCCCGGGAUAUGAGUUGCAGGUGAACGGGACCGAGGGGGAAAUGGAAUACGAGGAGAUCACAUUGGAAAGGGGUAACUCAGGUCUGGGCUUCAGCAUCGCAGGUGGCACUGACAACCCACACAUCGGUGACGACCCAUCCAUUUUCAUUACCAAGAUCAUUCCCGGUGGGGCUGCAGCCCAGGAUGGCCGCCUCAGGGUCAACGAUAGCAUCUUGUUUGUAAAUGAAGUGGACGUGCGGGAGGUGACCCACUCAGCUGCGGUGGAGGCCCUCAAAGAGGCAGGCUCCAUCGUCCGCCUCUACGUCAUGCGCCGAAAGCCGCCGGCUGAGAAGCUCAUGGAGAUCAAGCUCAUCAAGGGACCUAAAGGUCUUGGCUUCAGCAUCGCAGGGGGUGUAGGGAACCAGCACAUCCCUGGAGAUAAUAGCAUCUAUGUAACCAAGAUUAUCGAAGGGGGUGCUGCCCACAAGGACGGGAGGUUGCAGAUUGGAGACAAGAUCCUGGCGGUCAACAGUGUGGGGCUGGAGGAUGUCAUGCAUGAGGACGCUGUGGCAGCCCUGAAGAACACGUAUGAUGUUGUAUACCUAAAGGUGGCCAAGCCCAGCAAUGCCUACCUGAGUGACAGCUAUGCUCCCCCAGACAUCACAACCUCUUAUUCCCAGCACUUGGACAAUGAGAUCAGUCACAGCAGCUACCUGGGCACCGACUACCCCACAGCCAUGACCCCCACUUCCCCUCGGCGCUACUCCCCAGUGGCCAAGGACCUGCUUGGGGAGGAAGACAUUCCCCGAGAACCGAGGCGGAUUGUGAUCCAUCGGGGCUCCACAGGCCUCGGCUUCAACAUCGUGGGUGGCGAGGACGGUGAAGGCAUCUUCAUCUCCUUUAUCCUGGCCGGGGGCCCUGCGGACCUCAGUGGGGAGCUGCGGAAGGGGGACCAGAUCCUCUCGGUUAACGGUGUUGACCUCCGCAACGCCAGCCAUGAGCAGGCUGCCAUUGCCCUGAAGAAUGCGGGCCAGACAGUCACGAUCAUCGCUCAGUAUAAACCAGAAGAGUACAGCCGAUUCGAGGCCAAGAUCCAUGAUCUUCGGGAACAGCUCAUGAACAGCAGCCUGGGCUCAGGGACUGCCUCCCUCCGGAGCAACCCCAAAAGGGGUUUCUACAUCAGGGCCCUGUUUGAUUACGACAAGACCAAGGACUGCGGCUUCCUGAGCCAGGCCCUGAGCUUCCGCUUUGGGGACGUGCUGCAUGUAAUCGAUGCCAGUGAUGAGGAGUGGUGGCAGGCACGGCGGGUCCACUCUGACAGCGAGACCGAUGACAUCGGCUUUAUCCCCAGCAAACGGCGGGUUGAGCGACGGGAGUGGUCAAGGUUAAAGGCCAAGGACUGGGGCUCCAGCUCAGGAUCACAGGGUCGAGAAGACUCAGUUCUGAGCUAUGAGACGGUGACGCAGAUGGAAGUGCACUAUGCUCGCCCCAUCAUCAUCCUUGGGCCCACCAAGGACCGUGCCAACGAUGAUCUUCUCUCUGAGUUCCCCGACAAAUUUGGAUCCUGUGUUCCCCAUACGACACGGCCCAAGCGGGAGUAUGAGAUAGAUGGUCGGGAUUACCACUUUGUGUCGUCCCGGGAGAAAAUGGAGAAGGACAUUCAGGCGCACAAGUUUAUUGAGGCCGGCCAGUACAACAGCCACCUAUAUGGAACCAGCGUCCAGUCCGUGCGAGAGGUGGCAGAGCAGGGGAAGCACUGCAUCCUCGAUGUCUCGGCCAAUGCCGUGCGGCGGCUGCAGGCGGCCCACCUGCACCCUAUCGCCAUCUUCAUCCGCCCCCGCUCCCUGGAGAAUGUGCUAGAGAUUAACAAGCGGAUCACAGAGGAGCAAGCCCGCAAAGCCUUCGACAGAGCCACCAAGCUGGAGCAGGAGUUCACAGAGUGCUUCUCAGCCAUCGUGGAGGGCGACAGCUUUGAGGAGAUCUACCACAAAGUGAAGCGUGUCAUCGAGGACCUCUCAGGCCCCUACAUCUGGGUCCCAGCCCGAGAGAGACUCUGAUUCCUGCCCUGGCUUGGCCUGGACUCGCCCUGCCUCCAUCGCCCGGGCCCUUGGUCUGGACUGAAUUGCCCAAGCCCUUCGCGCCCCCAGCCUCCCUCCCACCCCUUCUUAUUUAUUUCCUUUCUAACUGGAUCCAGCCCAUUGGAGCGGGGACACUCCUCUGCAUGUAUCCCCACACCCCAGACCUGGGCUCCUGAACCCCAGGAACCUGGGGUCUGGGGGGGAGCCAGGCUCCUGGUCCUGAGCCCUUGCUCCUUAGGACCCCUGACCCCUGCCCGCCCCCAACGCACACACAAACCCACCGGGGGCCACCUGCCCUCCCCAUCUUCUCCCACACACAUUCCAGAAGUCAGGACCCCCCUCAAGGAGCACCCCGCUGCAGGGAUGCAGGGCCACAGGCCUCCACCCUCUCCUGAGGCAGAGUCUGGGGUCACCCCUGCCCCCAUCAUAACUCCCCAUGUCCCUUGAUUUCUCAUUUAUUUUUUCCAUUUUUUUUCUUCUCAAAGGUGGUUUUUUGGGGGGAUAAGUGGGGGGACUCCACUAUGGGCCCCCUGCCUUCCACAUGCCCCCACCUUUUUUCUUUGCUGGUUUGCAUGAGUGGAAGGUCUAACUGUGGCUUUUUCUUUUUCCUGGGAUUUUUUUUUUCUUUUUGGGAAAAGGGAGGGAUGGGU